GUGUGCAUGUGAGCGGCAACUGGAGGUGAGUGUGAUUUCUGAUUUAGAUGGGGCGCCGGGCCGCUAGUCCGCUCUGAGUGGACAAAUUACUUGAGACCAAGGGUAUGUGACACGAAAAACGUUGUUGUCACGACCAAAGAUGAGGGCUCGGCAUUAAAACCUCUCAUCUCCAAAAGGCGGGAAGGAGGUGGCAGCACAAGACGCAAACAUCUGCUUGACAUGAGUAGGAAGUCAGUCAAGCAAAUCAGGAGAGAACAAUACACGAUCGAGACUGCCUGCGGUGGCAAAUAUAAACGGAGAAUAUCUAUAUCCCUCUGAAGGAGCAGCAGCAUACCCUUGACUUUCAUUGCUGCGGGUUUUGUAUCGUUUUCUAACCUGGAUUUAAAUCAAGAUGAUGGCUCUCUCUACAGACAUAGAGGACAAAAUGCCCAGCUUUUCUACAAUGAAACACGUGUGGAUCUCUGUCUUGCUGGUGUGUAUUACAUGUCACGUGGGUCUUGGCCAGACCACAGCAGAGGCAUUGAAAGAGGCAGAGGCUAAUGACAACAUCACCAUCUUCACACGGAUACUUGACGGACUGCUGGACGGCUACGACAACAGACUCAGACCAGGACUUGGAGAAAAGGUCACGGAGAUCAAAACCAAUAUAUUUGUCACAAGCUUUGGCCCAGUUUCAGAUACUGAAAUGGAAUACACCAUCGAUGUGUUUUUCCGACAAAGCUGGAAAGACGAGCGCCUGUGUUUCAAAGGACCCAUGGAGAUGCUGCCUCUGAACAACCUCCUGGCCAGUAACAUCUGGACCCCAGACACAUUCUUCCUCAACGGGAAAAAGUCUAUCGCCCACAACAUGACCACGCCCAACAAGCUACUGAGACUGAAGGAUGACGGGACGCUGCUCUACACUAUGAGGUUAACCAUAUCGGCAGAGUGUCCCAUGCAGUUGGAGGACUUCCCAAUGGAUGCUCACGCUUGCCCUUUGAAGUUUGGAAGCUAUGCUUAUCCAGUCUCUGAGGUGGUGUACCUCUGGCAAACCGGUGCUGCCAAGUCUGUAGUGGUGGCAGAAGACGGAUCCCGUCUCAACCAGUACCACCUGAUUGGCCAGACCGCAGGCUCUGAGGACAUCUACACCAGUCGAGGACAGUACACAGUCAUGAUGUGUCACUUCUACCUGAAGAGGAAGAUUGGUUACUUUGUCAUUCAGACCUACAUGCCCUGCUUCAUGACCGUGAUCCUGUCCCAGGUGUCCUUCUGGCUCAACCGUGAAUCUGUACCAGCCAGGACCGUUUUUGGUGUCACUACAGUGCUGACUAUGACUACUCUCAGUAUCAGCGCUCGCAACUCGCUGCCUAAGGUGGCCUACGCCACAGCCAUGGAUUGGUUCAUCGCUGUGUGCUAUGCGUUCGUCUUCUCCGCGCUUAUCGAGUUUGCCACCGUCAACUAUUUCACCAAGAGGAGCUGGGCGUGGGAUGGCAAGAAGGCCAUGGAGGCUCAGCACCCAAAGAAAAGGGACCCUAUGGUGCUUUCUAAGAAGCCCAACAACGUCUGUACAGCAGGAGUGAACUACACCCCCAACAUCACUAAGGAUAUCUCUAUCUCCACCAUCUCCAACAGCACCUCCAUACAACUAAGAUCGUCUGAAACAGAAGUCCUGGACCCCAAGAAAACCUACAACAGCGUGAGCAAAAUCGACAAAAUGUCCCGGAUAGUUUUCCCUGUCCUAUUUGGAACCUUUAACCUAGUGUACUGGGCUACUUACCUCAACAGAGAACCGGUCAUCAAAGGAGUCAACAUAUUGGCUCCAACAUAGUGUCUUUGUCAAACACACCACCCUACCUUCAACCGUAUUGGCCUACAAGCUGCUGAAGAAAAUGAUACUGUGUCACAAAGGAUGGGAGAUGGGUUCUGUCUUUCUCAUACUGUCAUUUGCAUGAAGCUUUUUAGAGAGAUACUCUACCCAUGUUUGCCUUGAUAUUCCCUCUUUAUACCUACUGUACAUUGCUUUAAUUCAACAAUGACAUUUUGAAAGUGAAAAUCAAUGGCAUUUUGAAAGUGAAACUCGACAAGGACCUUUUGAAAUGCUGCAGUGUGGACAUUUGUCCUGGCCUCAAAUGAAUUGAAAACGGUCAUGGCAUUUAUGUUGUUGUUUAUAACCCUGUCAUCUUGAAGAAUAGGAGACUGAGAAACACAUGCUGUGUUAGUAGUAUGAAGUAAGAUAGCGGAAGCUAGGAUGUUACGGAAAGUGGCGAAUAAUGAUUUUCAGUGUCAUUUCCAGUCAGUUUGUGAAGUUUGUAUAAUGCCGCGGACAAAUCUCUCUUAUCUCUAUUGGAUACAUACGUUGUUAUACUUUUGUCAUUUUUGCCCAUCUCACAUGUACUGUUUGUCCAAUUUAAAAUGUUACUAUUUCUUACCUCUAUCUAUAUAAUGUACAGAUUCAUAAUUUUUUGACAAACGUGGGUCUAACUGUGGAGACAGAGGCCAAAUAAGCUAGCAAGAUACAACGCUGUGAUGUAAUUGAUUAUACAGUCUAAUCAACCUAGGUGAAAGUGCACAGUCGGAACAUUCUAAUCAUUACCAAGUUAUAAAAUGGUUGGUUGAUUAGGUCUGACUUUUUCAAUUGCAAUGGAAGUGUUUUCCCUAAGCUAGAGGGAGAGGGUGCCUACUUUGAAGUAUUGAGCUGCCCUUUGGUGUGAAAGUUUGAACUCGUGUACUGUAACAGGAUACGUUUUCCUUAGGCAUCAAAUGGGGGGAAAAACGGACUGAAACAGGAAGGGACUUCCUGGAUUUGUCCAGUAAGAAACACUUAUUUUAAUUUACCGUUUCAAAUUUUUUUGCUACCAUUUGCCCUACUGAACACAGCCCUCCUACACUGCUGUCCUAUCCUCAUUGUGUCAUGACCAGAUUGGCCCCAGUCCCUGAAGUCCGCUAGGAUCUAAUUAGCCUGGGAUAAUGAGCUUGUACCUGUUAAACACUAUCUGAUAUGGCCCCUGGAGAGAGAACCAACCACAUGGGGACGACCACCCACCCUCACCCCAGGCCCAGAGCGCUUUGUUCAGGGUACGGGAAGGAGAGCAUGUGGGUAUGGCUCUGGGGCAUGAUGCCUCUGUGGUAACGCCUACUUUCUUGUUACAGACUCAAGAGACAGAGAGACGGGUAUCUUUUUUUUGAAAGAGAGAAAGAAGAAUAAUGGAUGAAACAAGAAAGAAUAAGUUUGUGCUUCAACGUCUCCGUACUGGGAAGAAAAAAAUAAUCCCCACUUCAGUUAAAGAUGGAGAUACAGCCUAUAUGUAACAAGCUGUUGCUUAGAAUCAUGUAAACUGGUCGACACAGCGUGUACAGAGAGAGAAUAGAUGGAUAAUUAUGGAUAUGAUAUUGGUGACGGAUGGAUCAUUUAAAUGUCACUGACGUUACAGUUCUCAUUUAAGUAUCAUGUUGUAGAUAACGCAAUAACUACAUGUAUUAUUAUUAUUAUUAUUUUAUAUUCAGAUCUCCUAGGCAACAAAGACAUUCUUCGUGUAUAUAGAGACAGUGACUAAAAUACUUCUUUAUUUGUAUGUCUCUAUGUGACAUCUUGUGUUAAAGGAAUAAUC